UGUCUUGGUGCUCGCAUUGCAUUCCCAUCGGGUCGAACCGUAGACACGGCACACCACACGGCACGCCACCGCACAAGUGCUUUGCCGGCAAACCCGCACACCAUGGAACCGACCAAAGACGACGCCACCAUGGAGACGCCCGAGGUUUCUGUUUCCGCUCCUGCUCCGGGAGGUCCCGACCCGGAGGAAGGCUCCUUCGAUUCGCCGCAACCCAAGAAUAAGACAACCCCGAUCCCACCGGGACCGGCGCAGGCCGUCAUGCUGGCGCCAACCACGGGGAAGCAGCCCGACCGGGACCGGACCCUCGUCGAGCCGAGCGGAGCCCUGGCCUCCCCCGAAACCGCCGUCACGGGCCGCAGCAGCGACGAGGCGGACGAACGACUGGAACUGAUGUAUUCCAAGGACGUUGCCCACAAGAAAUCGAGCGACGGCCCCGGGGGAGACAAGGAACGGCGGAAGCGGUGGCUGACGAUCGGACUCCUCGCCUUUCUCGCGGUGUGCACCAUUGCUGCCGCAUCCGCGGUCGUUGUGCUCCGCCGCAGGAAGGGUCCCCUGGCGUCCUCGGCGGCGACGGCCGGUCUCGCGGAGCCCGACACCGUGAGCCCCGCACCUACGAGGACUCCGGUGCCCACGGCCGAUCCGUCGGAGGGGCCGACCACGGGGCCCACGGAAUCGCCCUCGGCCGGGCCCACCGGAGAGCCCUCGGUCGUCCCGACCGGUGCUCCGACCACCUCGGAGCCCUCGUCGGCGCCCAGCCCGAUGCCGACCCGGGACCACGUCGCCCUCCUGCAGGAAUUCUUGUUUGGAAGCUAUGCCGUCGACUACAACGAAACCUCGAACAUGCUCGCGAUCGAGUGGCUGGCGGAAGAAGCCGCGCGGAUCGAUUCCUUCGAGCCGGACGAGCGGCUGGUCCAGCGGUUCGCCCUGCUGUCCAUGGGGUUUGCCCUGCGGGGGGCCAACUCGACGUUGGAUGCCCCGGUCAACGUGGUCCCCGGGGUCGACCAUUGCGACUGGGACGGAGUCGGUUGCGACGGCGGCGACGAGGAAGGCAGUGUCACCGAGGUCCGCUGGGCCUACCAAAACCGCACCGAAUCUGGUGACGGCCGGAUUUCCCCCGAGGUGAGGCUCUUGGCGGAGGACCUCGUGCACCUGGACCUGAGCAACAACGACCUCGUCGGAACGAUUCCCGAGGAGCUGUACGAUGCGACGAACCUGGAGAAGCUGUACCUCUUUCGGAACGAGCUGGAGGGAACCAUCUCGACCAAGAUCGGAAACCUCGAUUCCAUUACGCAUUUCCAUCUAAGCCACAACAAUCUCUCCGGGAGUAUCCCGGCGGAGGUCAAAUCAGGCGCGAGCGGAAUCCGCCCCCUCGGUAAGUUACGUCUUUGCUUGCGGUGAAUGGUCCGGGAACGAACGCUCGAUCCCGCUCACGUGUUGCUGUGUGGUGUUUCUGUCCCAGAAUAUUUCAAUCUCUACAGGAACAGACUCACCGGAACCCUUCCGGAGAGUAUGAGAUUUAGGGACAUGAUUUAUUUCGAUGUCGGGCGCAACGAAUUGUCCGGAACGCUGCCCGAUGACAUUGGGGAAAAAUUCGUGUCCCUGCGCCACGCCCACUUUGACCACAAUUACUUUUGGGGGACCCUGCCGGAAAGCUACAACACUGUUGGAAACGGACGGCUGGAAUCCUUCAGCAUCGAUCACAAUUAUCUAUCGGGGACGGUGCCCGGGAAAAGAGACCUUACCAACAAACUCGUUCAGUACACGCUCCAUUCCAACAAGUUCGAUGCCAUGGACAAGGGCAACUGCAAAAUGGAAGUCCCGCAGGGUGAAAUGAUUGAAUUCCGGUGCGUAUAAUGCCUGCGGCAACUCGGUUUCGAAGAAAUCUUUUUUUGUUCC